GCAGCCAAUGGCACUCGGCGAGGUGGCCGCAUGUGGUGGCGCGGACCCAGCGCCGGGCUGCGAGCGCAGGAGAAGGCAGCGGGCUGCUCUCCGCCGCUCCGGGCACUGCUCCUGCCAGCGGCGGCCCCAGCUGCUCCCCGGCCCCGCCGCUGCCCGCAGCAUGGACUCGGACUCCGCGGAGCUCAGCGAAGGCGAGCUGGUCUCGCCCGCAGGUCCCGACUAUUUCAGCUCCAAGAAUCUYGCACUGCAAGCCCAGAAAAAGAUCCUGAGUAAAAUGGCAACCAAAACCAUGGCUAACAUGCUAAUCGAUGACACGAGCAGUGAAAUCUUCGACGAGCUGUACAAAGUAACAAAGGAACACACAAGAAACAAAAAGGAAGCCCAUAAAAUCAUGAAAGACCUGAUCAAAGUGGCAAUAAAAAUCGGGAUCCUCUACCGAAAUAAUCAGUUCAACCAGGAAGAACUGGAGAUCGUGGACAAGUUCAGGAAGAAGCUGAACCAAACUGCCAUGACAAUCGUCAGCUUCUACGAGGUGGAGUACACUUUUGACAGGAACGUGCUUGCAGAACUGCUGAACGAGUGCAAAGAGCUCGUGCAUGAACUCGUAGGGCGACACCUGACCGCGCGGUCCCACGGGCGCAUCAACCACGUCUUCAACCACUUUGCAGAUGUGGAGUUCCUCUCUGCCCUCUACAGCCUGGACGGCGACUGCCGGCCGAACCUCAAAAAGAUCUGCAACGGCAUCAACAAACUGCUCGACGAGAAGGUUCUUUGAAACUGCGCUCGAAGGCAAGAAACCAACCAAAAACUUCUCUCUAAACUGGCCACCCUUCAUAAGCCAUGGUAGGCAAGCAAGCUUCCUUCCCAUCAGUCUUACUACAGUCCCCAGCAGGGCCCAGAAAGUGCUCACCAGGCUCGUGAUGAAGUGGAAAACUGAAAUCAGAAAGCUAUCGAUUUUAAUGUUUUGUUCAGAUAAUUCAGUCUUUUUCAWGGAGCAGAGUGAACAAGGCUGCUGAUGUAUAUCGUUCAGGAACAGAUUGCUAUUCACCGUGAUCUCGCUGGCUUUGAACGUGUGAAAAGAAAGUACACUCAGAUGCAUGGCUAUGUGAAAAUAGACAGAUGAAGGCAAGAGCAAUGCAUGGAACUUGCCCCCAAGGCCCUUGGUGCAUAUAUUUUUAUUAUUUCCACAGUAAAUGAAAAAGCUUUGACAGAAAGUAGGGCUGUGAUGGAUAAAGUUCACUCCUUUUGAAAGGAUCAGGAAUCAAUCUCUGAUUUUACAUGGUGUAUAAAUCUAAUAGAAUAACAAAUCAUACAAACUGAAGUGGGAGAAAAUCUAAAGAACUGCUCUAUGAAGCAACAGUUUUGUUUUAUACCUGCUACAGCAGAGAGAAGGAUUCACUUUAGUUUGAAGAGCAGGUCAGUGGUUCAAGCUCAAAGGUAACCAGAAAACCAGACRAGUAGUACAGCAGUUCCCCCACUCUCAGGGUCUGUGUGUUGGGUAACAGCAGGUGAGUUUAGGCUGAAGGUUGUGCUGCUCUUAUGUUCUGCCUGACAGAACAAAACACUCUUUGUGAAGAUUUUGAAAUUGCCCUUGUGAGGAACAGCACAACUGAGACAUCAACAUUUACAUCCCUGAUCUUCAAAAUAUUCAGCCUAGGUAACACUCUUGGUUUAAUGUGCCCGUGACAUUUGUGCCUACAGUAAAUCAGAGGUGGGAUACAAUAGAACCCAUCCACUAUUCUUGCAGUGCCUCCGAGUGUAGCAUAUCCACAGUUGUCAAAAGAGAAACGCCUUAGUGACUCUGGUGAGUGUCUGGAGUGAGUUUUUAUUCAGAAUGUUUUCAGUGGCUUUUUUUGACACAAAAUAUACUGAUGUCUUCAAACUGAAAACAUUUUGCAAAGAAAGAGUUGGUUUUCUACAGCCAUGGUUGGAUACAGGGAGUCCAGGAGCAGAGCAGAUGCCCUGGYUGCCACCUGCAGAACCUGGGUAGGUGCAGACUGACCCAGAGUAAAAACCACAUGUUCAGAAAUCUCUCCUCUCCUUGUUCUCUCCAUCUUAUCCUCCAGACUCAUCUGCCUCCUGACACUGCAGUAUCAGGAACCCUCCCCUUUCAGCUGACAGAGAGCAGACAGUGCCAUCAUCUGGGGGUGAUACCCUCCAUACCAUGUAGACUAUAAUAGAGAGAUGCAUGAAUUUGAAAAUUAACRAAGACAAGAAAAUAUAUUUGAAAGCCAUUCCUCCCUAAGGGAAGCUUACAGGGUUGAUCACUCAUUACUUUAGGAUAAGAAAAAAAUGUUUCUCAUUUAAAUAAACUCUUGAAUUCUAUGGUGUUAAAACUGUUCAAAAAUCUUAAUAGCCUUCUCUCCCCUCGCCCUAAAAUAACUGUAUUUUAUCUCUUGCCACAASAGUUUUUACUGUCACACCUUUAUACAGUUGAAAAUACACAUGCCCAGGUCAUGURUUCACCUGGGCUAUCCUGAAUGGAUUUUUACCUGUUCCCAGGAGAACUCAUUUGAAGCACAGUACAAAUGAAAGACAUUGGCAGAACAGUUUUUAAUGAUGUAAAUUUCCCCCACAUCCUUCCUUAACCAUUAAGAGUAGAUUGAGUAGCAGUGAAGAUGGACAACGCCUUUGCAACACAGUAAUGAAGCAGCAACAUUUGGGGUUGCAAGUUCAACCAGUUGCAGAGCCAUAGUUCCAUGCACCAUUACCUGCAUUUCUUCCAAGCAUGUAUUUGUCAACUGAUGCUUUUGGACAGUAUUUAUUGUAUCCAACGCUCCUGUCCCAGUGCACAUGUCAGAUUUUGUGUGUUUCAUUUGUGGUAAACAAAUUUAAGUUCUUUUAAAACCAGAAAAAGAAUCCAACAUUCAAGACGUCUAAAGGAAAGGGAUAUCCUCUAUUUGUGACUUUUUGUGUGUUGCAAUUAUCAAUAUUCAGAUUCUGGUAUUUUAGACACACCAGCUGAACAUCUGUUGUUUUAUUUAAAAAUACUCUGAGUAGCCUUAAGGAAAGAUAUGUUUUCAAGUAUUUCUCAUACUUGCAUAUCCUGUAUAUUCAUUGUUUACUUUUGUACUUGUAGCUUGGUAUGUAAUAACAUUGCUAAAAUAUGGGCAAUGUUCAGGUCACCUUAAAUAUAUUAUGUAUUAUCACAUUUGUGGAUUAAAAAUGUGUGAUUACUGCCAUUUUUGUUUCCUUUGGA